AUGAAUGAAGACAGCUUUAUAAGGCGUGCUUACUACGGAGGUCAUACAGAUGUAUACAAGCCAUAUGGUGAAAACCUAUACUACUACGAUGUAAACUCACUAUAUCCCUAUGUUAUGAAGGAAUUUCCAAUGCCUGGAGGGAAGCCUGUCUGGUAUAGGAAUUUGGGAAACCGGGAAGUGCUGCCGGUCGCUGUGCCUCGGUCGCUGGUGGUUUUCACCUCGUCCGCCGGUGGUGGUGAUCACUGGUGGAGGUGGUUGAUCGCCUGUGAUGAGCUUGUGGGGCUGAGUCACGAUGAGGAUCGAGUCCAAUUGUAUUGGAGAACAUAUAGAAAAUCGAGUCUUGACCCGAGCCGAAUCGAACUAGGCCCAAGCCAAGGCCAAGCACCAGUGUGCAGCCCAAGUACGCUAGCACAACCAACGCGGCCCAAUGAAAAUUCCCACUUAGCCCAAACCAUUUUCGCAAACAAAAUCCUGCACGAGUGGCCUGAGAAGUCCCACGCGGCCCAGAAGUCGUGCAUAGCCCAAGCGUGCUAG